CUUGUCCUCAUCACUCACCUGUCCUCAUCACUCACCUGUCCUCAUCAUUCAAAAUCUCUGUCCUCUGUAAUUGUCUCUCAGUCCUCUAAUUGUCUCUGUUUCUCUGUCCUCUGUAAUUGUCUCUGUUUCUCUGUCCUCUAACUGAUUUGCUGGCCCUGUCUGUCCCUCAGUCCUCUGUAAUCACCUAUUUGUCCUCUCUGAAUGUCUUCUGAAUAAAAUGUUCCCUGUUAACUUUAAUUUCUUCUCACUCGCUUUCUUCCGUCAUUUCCUGUGAUAAAAAAAAAAGAAUAAAAAUGGUGGUCACAGCUCGAGGAGGCGGCGACUGAGUCCUCGGGAAAAUUAACGGGAAACUUUGCAGCGUUGAGCCGGGACUCGGGGCUCGGGGCUCGGCUGCCGUGAAGCGGGAGAGCGACGCUUCAGCCCGGCAGAGACGGUCUGUGUGUCCCCGCUGCGUCCCUGCACCAGACGAUUGUGAAGUGAGUGAAGAAAGCGCUUCCUCCACCAUCAUGGUUUCAUCAUGAGUGAGCCGUCGCUGGACGUCUGGUUCUGUGAGGAGUGUCAGGAUUAUUUCCAGGAGGAGUGUCCGUCCCACGGGGCCCCCGUGUUUGUCCCAGACACACCCGUGGCCCCGGGGUUGGCCAACAGGGCGGCGCUCACAGUCCCGUCGGGCCUCGAGGUCUUCACGGAUGGGGGCAAGGCAGAUGUCCGCUGCGUUGAUGAAACCAUCCCGAAGGGGGCAGUCUUUGGCCCAUACGAGGGAGAGCUGGUGUCCAAGGACAAAUCCUCCAGCUCUGCCUCCUGGAUUGUUGUUGAUUUGAACAACACAUAUCAGUGCAUUGAUGGCAGUGAUGACGCCAAAGCCAACUGGAUGAGAUAUGUGCGACCCUCGUCGGAGGAGAGCGACAGGAACCUGGCGGCGUUUCAGCACGGCAAGAGCAUCUACUUCCGAGUCUGUCGGAGGCUGACUGCAGGAGACAAGCUGAGGGUUUGGUACAGCGGCGACUACGUCCAGCGGCUUCACAGUGUGUCGCAGAAGAGCAUCGACUGCAUCCUGAACACAGAUUCUGGGAAGCCAGCAGUCCUCUCCAACCUACCAAAAGAAUUCAAAUCUCCCUGCCUUCAGUCAGCCCUGCAGGGUAAACUGUGUCCCGGUAAACAACCCAGCGACGAGUGCGAUCAACCCCCUGCCAAGAGAAAGAAGAUAGACCUCAUCUUCAAAGACGUCCUUGAAGCUUCCCUAGAGGACCCAGGCAGGUCCAGCUUCCAGACGACCCUCCACAGUGAGUGCAAAGCCCCAGGGUCUGGGUUGAGCCUCAACCUGAAGGUGGAGGAAAAAGAGGAGGAGAACCAGGAACCUUCCACCUCGUUCUGCCCCAACUGUGUCAAACUGAAGAAAAGGAUUCUGGAGCUGGAGGAAGAGCUUUCCCGUCUCAGAGGCGAACAGACAGACGCGAUUGGUCCAUCAAUGUCAGAGCAGACCACGCCCCCUUAUGAUCAGGUCCCACCCCACCCUGAGCAAGGGCCCAUUGAAGAUUUUCAAGGGAUGGAGGCCUUGACCCCCACGCCGGUGGUUCUGGACGAAGACGAGCAGGAUGUGGACUCGGCUGAUGAGUCGAUUGCUGCAGAUCUUGUCAUUUCUCCAGAAGACUCCUCAAAGCUCUCUUCAGGUGGAGGCCGACGGAUUCGUCGCUUCAAGAAGGAGUGGCUAAAAAAAUUCUGGUUCCUUCGCUACUCCCCAACCCUGAAUGAGAUGUGGUGCCACGUUUGCCGCCAGUACACCGUUCAGUCAUCUCGAACCUCUGCCUUCAUCAUUGGCUCCAAGCAAUUCAAGAUCCACACUAUUAAGCUUCAUAGUCAGAGCAACCUCCAUAAGAAGUGUCUGCAGCUUUAUAAGCUGCGUAUGCACCCAGAGAAGACAGAGGAGAUGUGCAAGAACAUGAUGAUGCUGUUCAACGCAGCUUACCACUUGGCCCUGGAGGGACGGCCCUACUCCGACCUCCGUCCACUGGCAGAGCUGCUAAGGAAAUGUGAGCUCAAAGUAGUGGAUCAGUACAUGAAUGAAGGAGACUGCCAGAUCCUUGUUCACCACAUCUCCCGCACUCUAAAAGAAGACCUGGCCGAGAAGAUGCGUCUGUCUCCCUUUCUGAGCAUCAUCAUGGACGCCCAAAAUGAUGACCUUUUUUCAGACAUGGUUGCAGUCUAUGUCCAGUUCAUAACCAAUGAGGGCUCACCCAACACAGAGUUCCUGUCCUUGCAGAGACUGAGCAUGGUCAGUGUGGAUGGAUAUCUUCAGGCCAUAGAUCGUGCCUUUGGGGUCCUUGGCCUCAGGUUUCAGGACUUGCUGGUUGUGGGUCUGGGGGUGGAUGGCACCAACAUCUCUUCAGCAAUGAGAGUUAGUUUGUACUUAGCUGUACAAAAGACUUUUCCCUGGAUUCUCUGCCUCCCCAUCAUGAUCCAUCGGCCUCAUCUUGAAGUGCUGAAUGCAAUCAGUGGAAAGGAACUCUCUUGCUUGGAGGACCUGGAAAAUAAUCUUAAGCAGCUUCUCAGUUUCUACCGCUACUCCCCUCGCAUGAUGGCUGAGCUCCGAUCAACCGCUCCGACACUGUCAGAGGAGACAGAGUUCCUUGGAGAUAUCAGAGCCAUUCGGUGGAUCAUAGGAGAACCAAAUGUCCUUAAUGCACUCAUCAAAGAUUACCUGGAGGUAGUUGCCCAUCUGAAAGAAAUCAGCAGUCAGACACAGAGAGCUGACGCUGCAGCCAUUGCUCUCACUCUCCUACAGUUCCUCAUGGACUAUCAGUCUGUGAAACUCAUCUACUUCCUCCUGGACAUCAUAGCAGUUCUGUCAAGAUUAGCCUUUACCUUCCAAGGUGAGUACUUGUUAGUAUCACAGGUGGAAGUCAAAAUUGAGGAGGCCAUUCAGGAGAUAGGCCAGUUGGUGGACUGUCCAGGAGAAUAUCUGCAGGAGUUUGAGGAAAAUUUCCGUGAAAGUUUCAAUGGUGUUGCUCUGAAGAAUCUGCGUGUUGCUGAGUCAAAGUUUCAGUCUAUACGAGAAAAGAUCUGCAACAAGAGCCAAAGUAUCCUGUCUCAGAGGCUGGACCUGCAGAGUCACUUAUUUGCCAAAGCCUGCAUGGUAAUGGACCUGUCCACCUGGCCUCACAAUAGAGAGGACCUUCAAACAUAUGGGGAGGAAGAAAUCCAGCUGAUACUCAACCAUCUGGAGUCCAUUCCUCCUGCAGGUCAGGAGAGCUCCCAGGCCAGAACAGAGGCAAGAAGCUGUCUGGUGCUGGAAUGGAAGGAUCUGAAAGCAGACUACUACAGCAUGAAUGGUUUCAAAGAGGUAAUUGGUCACAUCUGCAGGUACAAGCAGCGCUUUCCUCUACUGAACCGAAUUGUGCAGGUUGUAAGGGUGUUACCCACUUCCACAGCCUGCUGCGAUAAAGGACGAGGAGCUCUACAAAAGAUAUGCAAGAACAAUUGUUCCCGCCUGACCCUGGAACAGAUGAAUGACCUGCUGAUUGUGGCAGUUAACGGUCCACCCAUCAGUAACUUUGAUGGGAAGCGAGCGUUGGACAGCUGGUUUGAGGAGAAGUCUGGCAGCAGUUACUCUCUGUCAGCUGAGGUGUUGAAUAGGAUGUCGGCUGCUGAUCCAAAGUCGAUUUUGCACAGUGUUGAUGUCAACGCGGCGUUCUAUCCUGAUGUCUAACUGUCACACCCAGUGGUGCAUUAGCACUACUACUAAGAACAAAAACACAAGGCGGAGUACACUGGAUGUGGCCACUGGUGGAUGGGGUCAAAUUAAGUGUUCAUUAAACCCAUGCAAUGGGCGACAAUGGGGGUUGGGUAUUUUGCUCCAAAGGUACUCCAGUUUUUCUUGACCUGUUGGGAUUCAAGCAGCAACCCUUGGGUUGCAAGUUCCCUUUCCACGAGGCCAUGGGCUGCAUCAAGACAAAAAUGGGAUUCAUUUUUCACAAAACCUGCUUUACACAUAUUGUAUAAACUAUAUAUGUUGUAAUUGCUUUUGAGCCGGUUUUAAGGGAACUAUUUUUCUCUUGAACGGAUGAUUGUGCUAUUAUGUCUGAACAUAAGAUUUAAAAGAAAAUCUGCCGUGCCAUAAUAUCAUUUCUGUAGUUGUGUACAUGUGCACUCCAGCACCUGAUAUAUUCUACAGAGGUGCUGAUGCUUUUGUGUUUGAAUGUUUCAGUUUUUUGACCAAAGCUCUGGCUUCAAAGCUUUCCGAAAUGCAUGAGGAUGAUCAAUUGUAGCUUUAAGCAUAUCGGUAAUAAGUCGUAUUUUCUUACUUCAAACUGAACUAAAGGUCGGACAGUGGGUUUGGUACAGUAUGGGACGGUUUGGAAUGGUAAAGCCCUCGGUCAGGCUUGCGUUUCAACUGAGAACAGUACUUUUACUUGGUAGAUGGGGUAUGCGCUGUGCCUGAUGGCCGCAUAGUGUGAUGUUGUCCUGGUGCGACGACAACGAACAUGACACGACAGACAACAACACAAUGGAGGACAUCCAGCAGCUCAGUUUGUGGCUGUUUGUCUCAACAAGACGUCAAACUUUGUAUGAGAAUAGACUGCAGACUUUGAAGAAACACUGGUCUGAUGCCCAGUCAGCCGAUUGUCUCAGGUGGAGCUAGCGCACCAUUUUACUCUGGCACCCCAAGGGUGGGCUACCAAAGAAUGGAAUGGUUAGGGGGUGAUUAUUUUGGUACUAUUUGUAAUGGCAAUGUCAAAAAAUAUGUAACACACUGUACCAAACCAGACUUAAGUGGAGCUGGGAUAUGCUGAGGCUCAUAUUUACUUUUUGUAAAAUUUGCUUUGUUCUCUUGAAAUGAAAGAAUAGUGUGACAUUUUGGAAAAUGCACUUGCAUGGGCUGUGUGUUUGUUAGCUAGCAUAUGGCUCACUCCAAAGUUAUAAUAGCCAGCAAACAAUCCAUGGAAUAUGAUAUUAAAUGUGACAUUUACAUGCAAACAUUUGCAGAAACACCAAGUUAACGCUAAAUUUAAAAUCAUAGAUGAUAAUAAUAAUAGUUACAUAUAUUAUAGCACUAAAAAUAUCAUUUCGGUUAAAGAGCUCCUACAUACUGAUGUAUUAACCAUUGAAGAAACAUAACAAAUGAAUGCUGUUAAUUCAGGGCAGCCUGUGGUCUAUAGUCUAUGGUCUUAAACAUUUGUUAAGCACUGUAUUUUCUCUUUUCCUCCAUUUACUGUCUUUAUCCAAAGCUAACGUGUUUCGCCUGUUUUUUACUGCUAAGCAAUCCCCAUUUACUGUCUUCAUGCUAAGCUAACUUGUAUACUGUGUUUAUGCUUAGCUAGUUUGUUCUCACUCUCUGCCCUCUUGCUAAUCUGUUUCCUGUGUUUGCAGCCCAUAUAGUAACCUAGUAACAAUCUUUUUAUGCUAAGCUAGCAGUUUGUAUUUCUAUCUUCACUGUCUGAGCUAAACUAGCUCAGUCAUUUUCAUCCUUUAUUGUCUUUAUGACAAGCAUGCUGCCCCCUUAUUUAUAGUCUUUAUGCUAAGCUAACUGGUCCCCCCAUUUUCCAUUGUCAUGCUAAGGUAUGCUUAACCUGUACACCUGUAAGUGACAAUUGACCAGCUGUCCAUCACACUGGUGUCCACUCCUCUGCUGAAGUGCAUUGUUUAUUUACCUCUUAAUGUGAAUAUAAUGUUCAAAAUAGUUUUUUCUCAUUCAAACUGAGUUCCUUUUGCAACCAGCAGUGGUUAUUCAGUAUAUUCUUAUUUCUUGGUUAGCUUCAGGAGGAAACCAGAAGGUUGUGUCCAUUUCUUGCAUUUGGUCCAUGGUUUUGUGUGUGUUUGCUAAGCUAGCUCUUUCCUUCUGAAACUAUCUUUAUGCUAGGCUAGUCGUUUACCCCUGAAACCAUCUAUAUGCUAGGCUGGGUGUUUCCCCCUGAGGGCGGAGAAAAUAAGUGUAUUUUCCAAAAUGCCUUUUUCAUGUGCAUGUGUAUUUUAUGCAUGUGGUUAAUAACAUUGAAGCUUUUUCUGCUCCAAAAACAUUUGAUGUACGAUUGCUAACAUGUAGCAUAUCACGCCUUAUUCUGUGUAUGUGUGUGUGGUUUUCUGUGAGACAGAAGUUCGGGCCGAUUGGAAUUGGACUCCAGCGAUGCUUUAAAGGUCCUGCGUCAGAAUUACUGACACCUAGUGGUGAGAUUUCCCCAAGAACGUCAGGGAACUAUGGUGGCCUUCACGUACAAGAAAGGAUGUAAGUCUUUCACGAAUCUCUUCACCAUUUCCUCUCUCUUCUUUGUUGGUUUAUGCGGUUUAGGCUAAUGUGGGCGGAGCUGUUCUUCUUCAUUUGCUCCCGAAUUUAACGGUGAAACUCUCCAAGUUGUGUUCGGCUCCGCACGUUGUUGUGAAACAACACAAGACGACGGUUUCUUCUCUGCAGACGUUUCCACGAGAGAUGAAGAAAGUGUCGUACACACAAAAACAACGUUUGAGAUCAAAAUAAAUUUCUUCCUUUUAAUCCUUAAA